GGACCGUCCCCCGCUGCUGGCCACAGUGUGUACCGCCCCUCCCGGGGUUUAACUCGGUCUCCUGCCCCCCCCAGGGCCGUGGGGAGGGGCUCUUGGCCGGUCCGAGGCGGGGUCCAUGUCCCCCAGUAGCAGGCUCUCUCGGCACCGGGGGGUGCCUCUCCCACAGCUCGGAGCAUCCGAGAGGGGAUUGUCCUACUUUAGCCGGAGCGGCUGCUGUCUGGGACCUCGGCUGAUGCCUGACUUCUAUCCCAUAAUGAGCUCAGUGGGAGGAUGGGGGAGGGGAGCACUCCACUAGCUCUGGCAUCUAACAGCAAGGUGGGAAGCCGCUUCCCUAACUUAGAAUCCUAAGAUGCUUUAUUGAGGUUCCUGGCCCUUUAAAAUUUGCCCUGCCCCCCUGGGGAGCGGAGUCUCCGAGUUCCAGGGAACCCUGGGCAGGGCGGGGGGGGCGGUUGUUUUUUAAAGGGCUGGUGCUGUAGGUACCCCAUAGGUCCUCCACACCUGUGUUCUGCCAGCGAGAUGCACCAUGCACGCAGGAUGGGGGUGGUCGGCACCAUUCACUGGAGGGCAGGGUCCUUUCUCUUCGUCUUCCUGAGAUGCCAGCGAAAUGCGUGCCUCCAAAGAUUCCCUGGAAAUGCCCUCUGAGCAUCAACCGCCCCCUCUCCAGUACGGACGGGCUAGUGCGUUAACCCAACCCCGUUCAGUCCCCACCGGGCGCAGACCCUAGAAUUGUCUUAAGGUUGGGCUGCCCCCUUCUUGGCCGUGGGGGAACCGUGUGAGGUGUCGAAGGCCGGAGAAGAGCUAUUGGUCAGUAGGGCCGACUCCAGGGUUUUUGCCGCCCCAAGCGGCGCGCAAAAAAAAAAAAAAAAAGCCGCAAUCGUGAUCUGCGGCGGCAACUCGGCGGGAGGUCCUUUGCUCUGAGCGGGAGUGAGGGACCGUCUGCCAAAUUGCCGCCGAAUAGCUGGACGUGCCGCCCCUCUCCGGAGUGGCCACCCCAAGCACCCGCUUGGCAAGCUGGUGGCUGGAGCCGGCCCUGUUGGUCAGGGACGUGGGGUGACGAGCGUGGAGACGAGCCCCCUUGAAAAUUGGCGAAUGUGUGUCCGGGGGAACUGGGAUGGCUGUGUCUGUGUCAGGCCAGUGUCAGCCAGGUGGAUGGAUGGGGACACGCAGCCAGCCCUCUCGGGGACUUUGGGGCGGAUUUUGUACUGAGUGGUGGGAGGAUAAGGGAAGCAUAAUCCCGCCCUCGGGCCGAGAGCGGAGGGGAAGCAUGUGAGACGCUGGCAGAAAUAAAACCGGAGGAAGGAAGCGGGGCCCAAUAAAGGAGCGGUGACAACUUGCUCCAUAGCCGUACUUAAUGAGCAGAUUAUGAGAGCCUUUAAACGUAGGGACGUGAAAACGAUAAUGGAACAGGGUAAUUGGAUUUGGCACGGCGUGCCAAGGAUUGGGGACAUGAGACGCCGAGCAGAGCGUCUGGAACAAAACGUGGCGUUCGCGGAGGCCAGUGUGCGGCACAGAAGCCUAGGAAGCGUUGUGGAUCCUUGUGGCGGGGAGGGCUGGCAGCUUGGCUCUUACAAGCUGCGAUGGGAAGGCUGAACGCAGCUGAGAGUUGGAGGCUUAGAGACCUGGAUGUGACAGAAGCAGGACAAAUGAUGCAGGAGAAGAGGGGGUGGGGAGAAGAGGCUCUCCCAAAUGAGGAUCUAAGAGUAUUAGCGCUUGCAUACCUUGGUGGGGCAGAGGAGCGCUGCUUAGGAGGAAUACAUUAAAAAUGAUGGAGCUGGAUCAUGGCAGGGCUGGAUAAUUGAUGUGUGUAUUUAUUUUACGACUGCUCAAUAGAUUUGGGUGCCGAGGAUUGUGUGGGCUGGUGUGUCUGUGUGGGGUUACUUCGCCACAGACAUCACCGCUUCUUAGUAAGGCUUGGCAGAAUUCAAUUCAAUAUUUGUAUAUAUCAUUUUGAUGAAUAUCCUCAAUUCUUUUAAAGCAUUUUUUCCUUUUUUUACAUACGUUUACAUUUUCACCAUUGUGGGAAAUUAUGGAUGGAAUAGCCAAUACUUACUUAUUGGCAGUAGAUGCUGAGAAUCAAAAAGUUAAAGCUUUAUAACCAUUAAAACACAAACUACCAACAUCCCCUCACGUGUCAAAAUAUACAAAUGGAAAAACUCUCAAAUCAAACACUGAGUUCACAAGGAGCAUUCUUUUUACGUGGCCUGUUUGUGUUUCCAGCAAUACUAAUCGAAAAUGUGUGUGUGUAUAUUGUGACAAUAACGUUUACCAACAAAAAUCUGACCCUUCCAUGCCUAUUUUUAGUUGAGGACACAAUCAAGCUAUAUUGUGACUCCGGAUUCAUACUCCAUAUUGAUUUUUAAUAAAAAAAAUCAAAUACCCCCACAACGUCCUUAUAAAAAAGGAACGCCAAGCAAGGCGCUUCUCUGACGAGCUUUCUGUUGCAGUGUAAACAGAGACUUUUCCCUGCUGUAGUUUGCCACCUGGGUGUUUCAGCCCUAAGAAUGCAAAUGAAACAGGACUCGAAACAAGAGGGAAACCGACUCCUCUGGCCCCACAGAGAGAAAUGUAGACAGUCAAGUGUGCAGAAUGCAAAGUGGAUCGUAAUUGACUUUAUAAAGGGCUGUUAGGGACUCAGCUGGAGAAAGGGAUGGGCUGGGGGUUUAUUUUUUUGGUUUUCAAGCGAAAUUGACAAGUGGCCCUAUUGGGAAGAGAGUGUUUUUUUGCCACCGUCUUCUCAACAGUAGCCAUCCAAAACUCACUUGUGACCAAGGAAGGGGGAAAGUGGUGGUUGGCUGAAGCAGAGGAUUGUUGCGUAUGGUGAAUUGCGCUGCUAGCCCAGCCUGGCUCCUGGCUUGUGAUAUCUUAGGUGGCCGGGGGAAGCCAAGACAGCUGCGGCGGAAGCAAGCAGGUUAUUUUGACCCCUGUCUGGGAUGUUACCUGGGAGCCCUCUUCAGGGAAGGCCCAGACUCAUGUCCUUCCGCCGCUGUAGUUCUGACCUCUCCCUUUAUUUCUUAAAGCGGAUGUAGCGCCGGUGCCAGGGGCUGGACUGAGAGCUCUGGAGACUGACGUCCUCUGUCCGUAGUGCAGCAUCAGCUCCAGGCGCAGCACCUGUCCCACCACGCCCCUCCCAUCCCGCUGACCUCUCACCCCUCCGGCAUGCAGCCCGGCAUCGGUGGAGCGUCUGGUCUGCUGGCUCUGUCCGGGGCCCUGGGAGCUCAGGGCCAGCUCCUCCCGAAGGACGACAGGGGACUUCACGACAGCGAGCACAGAGAGCGAGACCUGGGUCCCAGCUCCCUGGCGCUGCCCAACGGGGAGCGGGUGCGAGCCAUCUCGGAGUACCUGAGCAACAGCAAGAAGAGGAAGGCUGAGGAGAAGGACUUCGUCACGGACUACGGCAGCGAUGCGGACAAGAGUGAGGACAACCUGGUGGUGGAUGAGGACCCCUCCUCCCCGCACAGCGUCCACUCGUACUCGUCCCGCGAGAACGGGGUGGACAAGGUCCCGUUGCAGCGGAAGGAGGCUGUACCGCUCAGUCCCACCUCCUUGGCCUCAUCCAGCAGCACCUCCCCAUCCCGGAGCAAGGACCAGCCCACGGUGGAGAAAGCCGCCACUCCCGGUUUGAAGUCCAGCACCCCGACUUCCCAAGGAGACGCCACGGUGCCAGGCUCCAGUAGCAGCAGCGUCACCCAGCAGUUCCGCCCGGGGGCGGCAAAGCCCUCGGUGGAUUCGUUAGCUCUGGGCCUGAGGAACCCGCUGGCCAUGCAGAGCUCCUACCCGGCUGCCUUUGGCAUGGCGCACCCCUCCGUCAACGGCGACAUGGCCGGGGCUGGGGCCUACGCAGGGCUGCACCUGGUGUCCUCACAGCUCAACGGGGCAGCGGCGGCUGUGGGAGCCGCCGGCUACGGCCGUUCCCCUCUGGUCGGCUACGACCCGCACUGCCACAUGCGUGUCCCGGGGCUGUCGGCCGGCAUGCAGGCGGGGACCUCGGGCAAACCCGCCUACUCCUUCCACGUGAGCGCCGACGGGCAGAUGCAGCCGGUCCCCUUCCCUCCCGACGCCCUCAUCGGCACCGGCAUCCCCCGGCACGCCCGCCAGCUCCACACCCUGACCCACGGCGAGGUGGUCUGCGCCGUCACCAUCAGCAACUCCACCCGGCACGUCUACACGGGGGGCAAGGGCUGCGUGAAGGUGUGGGACGUGGGGCAGCCUGGGACCAAGACGCCCGUGGCGCAGCUGGACUGCCUGAACCGCGACAACUACAUCCGCUCCUGCAAGCUCCUCCCGGACGGGCGCAGCCUCAUCGUGGGGGGGGAGGCCAGCACCUUGUCCAUCUGGGACCUGGCCGCGCCCACCCCCCGCAUCAAGGCGGAGCUGACCUCCUCGGCGCCCGCCUGCUAUGCCCUGGCCAUCAGCCCCGACGCCAAGGUCUGCUUCUCCUGCUGCAGCGACGGCAACAUCGUGGUGUGGGACCUGCAGAACCAGACUCUGGUCAGGCAGUUCCAGGGCCACACAGACGGCGCCAGCUGCAUCGAUAUCUCCAACGAUGGCACCAAGCUGUGGACGGGGGGGCUGGAUAACACGGUGCGGUGCUGGGACCUGCGGGAGGGGCGCCAGCUGCAGCAGCACGAUUUCAGCUCCCAGAUCUUCUCGCUGGGUUACUGUCCCUCGGGGGAGUGGCUGGCCGUCGGCAUGGAGAGCAGCAACGUGGAGAUCCUGCACGUGGCCAAGCCGGACAAGUACCAGCUCCACCUCCAUGAGAGCUGUGUCCUCUCCCUCAAAUUCGCCUCCUGCGGUAAAUGGUUCGUGAGCACAGGGAAGGACAACCUGCUGAAUGCCUGGAGGACGCCCUACGGAGCCAGCAUCUUCCAGUCGAAGGAAUCCUCCUCGGUCCUGAGCUGCGACAUCUCCACCGACGACCAGUUUAUCGUGACCGGCUCGGGAGACAAGAAGGCCACGGUUUACGAGGUCAUUUACUGAAAGGUGGCUGGAUGUGGGGGAACCGGCCGGCCGGGCGUCUGUCCCAGCCCGCCACCUCUGCCCCAUGGACAAACAUCCACAGCAGUGAUUUUCCAAAGAACCCCUGGAAGGGAGUGGGGGUGUCGGCAAAGCUGGAGAGAAGAGCAAAGUGGGGGACCCUUGGAGUUCCAGCCAGCGCCCCCUUCCAGUGAGGAAAUCGCUCUCGGCCCGAAGGGACAGCGUCUGCCUAGAGCCUGGGCGCACUCAUUCUUUUGGGUUUUUAAUCUGAACACUGGGGGACUUUUUUUUUUUCUUUUUAAUGCUCCAGGCUGAGCUGGGAAGGAAGUGGCCACUCCCCCCCUGGCUGUCUGGCUUCUAGGUUGUAUUUAAUAAAAAAAAACACCCGAACAAUC